CAUGAGCUUUCAGACUCUGACCUCCACACCAUAUUUCAAUUCCGACAUCAUCCUUUGUGCUCAGGUGUGCUCAUUGAUCCCAAGGGAAACAAUGAUUUCCUUCAGAAAUGUAUGCCUUUGUGCACUGCUGGGCGUUACAAUGGUCGCCCAGCUGAUCUCAGGCUGUGACAACUCCUGCAGAAAAUGCACUGGAAGUAUUUUGAGUGAGUCAUUCUCGGUGAAAAAUUUCCUGCCAGACGGUGAUUCCAACCUCUACAUGGAAUGUUCAUGCCUUAGUCGAUGCGGGAAGCUCACUGUCAAAGCUCCCGUUGAUAUCAAAGAAUGUCACAGUGUAGAAACCUCGACUCGUUUUUGUGGACCUACACCCGAGUAUGAGGAAUAUGACGAAUCUCAGUUGAAUGGUUACCGCACAAGGCAGAUGAUGUGUGAAUUCAUUUGGACAAGGCUCAAUGCAGAGACAAUCUGGCGCACGCCUGUCAUGGUCUGGACAAGUGAAGGACCCAAGAGAACUUUCUACAAGGUCAACGCUGAAGGCUUCUAUUUUUCUAAUGGCGCAGAUGCUCAGUGGAACAAAAUGAGCGAUUGGACGCGGUGGAACUAUAUUUCAUCGGAAAAUCCGCUGAAGGGUGAGACAAACAAGGUAGCAAACAGCGUAUUUAAAACCUUCGGCAACGAACACUGCCGGACACAGAGUUUCGGGUGCUAGAGCCACCGAUGCUGUUGGUAUCUGUAGAAAACUGCAUGUUCUAGGAUAUCAGCACUGAUGCAAAUUAGCAGUAGGAUGAUUAUUUCUUUCAACACAUCUUGUUGUUGGAUGACGAUAUCGUCCAGUCUCAGUCUCUGCAGUCUGUACUGAUCUGGAACCCCUUGUACUUGACAACGGUUCAAAUAACAAAGCUGUCUCUGCCGU